AUGGCACACAACUCGCAGCAUGCACAUGACCUGGCAAAGAAAAUUAUAAAGGACUUCCUGGGGGAGCCCGCGGAAGCGCUCUUCGGCGUGCUGCUGCGCCUCGGCCGCUCCCCCCUCCCCGACAUCUCCCGCGCCUGCCGCCUCCCGCCCAAGCUGCUGCGCCAGGCGCUGCUGGUGCUGCUGCAGCACAACUUUGUGCGCGCGUACCUGCAGCCAGAGGAGGCGUUUGUGACGGGGGUGCGGCCGGCGCAGCACCUCUAUGAGCCCUGCACCGACUGGGCGCUGCAGACCCUCAGGCGCCCGGCCUUCCUGCUCACAGUGAAGUCCGAGGUUACCCACCACGCGGCUGGACUGCCGCCGGACCCAGACCUGGCGCAGUCCGUGAUGAGCGUGCUCCUGGACCACGGGCGGCUCACGUGCGUCGUGUGA